AGAUUUCAUGACAGGUUUCCAUCUUUCAGAUUGUUUACUCUUACUGAUGUAUAAGGACAGGUCUGAACGACUGAGAGGGCUGAAGGAGCGAAGCAGCGUAACUUUGGAAGACAUCUGUGGCCUCGACCCUGGGCUGUGUUACGAGGGCCUGAAUCACGCUCUUGCCAUCAUCUGUUUGACUCAAGUAGUUAUGCUGGGCUUUGAGAACAAGGAAGCUAUGCACGCCUGGGACAUCCGGAUCCGCUAUAGUUUAGGUGAAGUACACAGGUUUCAUGUUGUGGUAGCCCCAGGAACUAAACUGGAAAGUGGUCCAGCUACUCUCCACUUCUGCAAUGAUAUUCUGGUGCUGGUAAAAGAUAUCCCACCAACGAUUAUGGGGCAGUGGAAACUCUCUGAUCUGCGGCGCUAUGGAGCUGUUCCUAAUGGAUUUGUCUUUGAAGGAGGAACUCGAUGUGGCUUUUGGGCUGGUGUGUUUUUCCUGUCUUGUGUGGAUGGUGAGAAGAUCAGCUUUCUGUUUGACUGUAUUGUUCAUGGCAUCUCCCCAAUGAGAGGUUCUUUUGGCUUGCGCCCAGUCCUACCAGACCCCAGUUCAACUCACGCCAGCAUGGAAGAAAGGGUGGCCCAUGAAGCUUCGCAGUUAGAGAAACGCCUCAGCCUUCUGUCUCACACCAGUCAUCAUGGUGUUGGAGGUGAUGAUCGAAGUUUAUCCAGUUCGUCUUCAGACACCAGCCACUCUGACGCCAGUAGUGGAAGUAGGUUGACAAUCUGGCCUGAACAUUCUUCAGCCAGCACUUCCCAAGAGAGUCAUGGGCUUCUUGCAGCAAAGGGCAUUCACCUUGGGGAAGAGAAAGCCCACGUAGAAGGUCCUCACAGUAUCACCAAACCCCCUCCUAAACACCCUCGCUCUAGGCAGUUACAAGAGAUAGGCCGCCAAAGUUCUUCUGACAGUGGGAUAGCUACUGGGAGUCACUCUUCUUACUCUGGAAGCUUCUCUUCCUAUGCUGGGAGCCUGGACAUGGGCCAUGGUGAUGAAUUCGGAUCACUCUUGAGCCUACCACUAAACCUUCCUGCAGACCAGAAUGUAUGCACUUGCCCACCGGGUGAGCAUCCAAGGAACUCUGGCUUGGAAUACCAGGUUCCUAGCUCUCUUAGAUAUGCCUAUGACACUCCCAGAAGUUUGCUACAGGCAGCUGCUAAAGAUGUGCAGACCACAAGCUCAGAUUCCUUGCUCUCCAAGGACCAGGACCAGGCAGCUCAAGGAGUUAGCGACCUGAAAUUGCUGACACCACCUCAAGAUGCACAAACCACUUCCAAGACAAGCCAGGGAUCCUUUUCUGUGGAAAACACCAAAGACUUGCGUGCUGAGGCAGGCAUGGAUUUUGUUUCAAGGUGGUCGCAUCUACGACAGCUGGGACAGGUGCUGGACUCGAGAAAUGCUGAGAUGACAUCAGCAAGUGGGCUCUCCAGUGGUGUGUGUGAAGUGUGUAGCUCUCCCCCUGGAACAGUGCAGCCUCUCUUGUCAUCUUGCCCAGUCUGCGGUGGGCUGAAGGAAACUGCCAUUUUGUCAUCUGGAGUCUUACCGGCUAUACCAGGUUCUUCUGCCGUGGCAGCUUCUUGGAGUAUGAAAGCUCAUAAAGGACAAACUUUACAAGCUGGUCUUAAAGGAAGUUAUGAAUUGAUGGUGCCAUCCACAGAAGCUGGAUCACUACCUGAUACCGAGGACCUUGGUACAGGAGGUGGUUCAUCUGAUCUGCUGGUGGCUGAUCGACUGUGCAGUGAAACAGCCACCUAUGUGAAUAUUCCUACCAGCCCUACAUCAAAGAAACAGCUUCAUUACAUGGAGGUAGAACUUCAGGAAUCUAGUACAAAUAUAAGAGGGAGCGGGUCAACCAAAUAUGCACAAAUUGACAUUGCAGCGACAGAGACGGCCCACAAAGUGGGGACGCAGCACGCACAGUUUCGAGAAGAACGGCUGCAAGAACUUGAGCAGAAGAAGAAGGGAGGCCCCUGAUCCUCUUCGCAAGGGUGGGGGGGCUUCUGGCGCUUCCCCUGACACAGCACUGUUUGAUGUUUCUUAGAUUUAUUAAUUCAACUGAACGCUGCCAUUGUUUUCAGAAUUAUACCAGAUUCAUUCCAAUCUAUUAAUUUCCAAUUGGAAAACUGGUAGCAUGGGGUGUGUGUGUUUCUGUGUCCAAACGCAUUAGUUGUAUUCAUGUCUGGUAAAUCACUUCUGUUGUAAUUUUUACUGUCUUGCCCAUCAGGUAUACUCUGUAAGUGAUUUUUAAACAGAGGCAUUCAGUUUAAAGAAAUUUUAAUGUGUGAUAAAGAUGUAUAUGUAUCUAAAUAUAUAUAAAAUAUUGGUUUAUA